CAAAUGAUGUGCCGGGGCCUCAUGGUUCUCAUCCUCGGAAGCAUCACCAUGGCAACAGGAGACAGUUUCAUUCACAGGACACCAGCACCGCAAACACUUUAGCUGCACAACUCUAUCAGAUGCACCAACGAAUUAGCAAAAGCAUUAAACAAGAUAGUAACAGUAGCAAGACCGCAUCAUCGACGCAGACAGAAUCAUCGCACAGAAGAGAGAAGCGGUUUGUAUCCCUCACACGCCACGUAGAGUUGAUGGUGGUGGCUGAUAGUAAGAUGCUGAACCACCAUGGCGCCAACCUGGAGCAUUAUCUACUCACGCUAGUUGCCUUGGUAAAUAAAAUAUUCAAAGAUCCCAGUAUAGGAAACGACAUCAACAUAGUGCUAGUUAAGCUGCUGGUUCUACGUAGAGAGGAGGAGAAUUUGUCCAUCACCUCAGACGCUCCCCAGACGCUGCGUAAUUUCUGUGCCUGGCAGCAGGACCAAAACCAGAAGGAGGAAAGUCAUCCUCAUCACUACGACACCGCUGUGCUCAUCACAAAGGAGGACAUUUGCAGGUCUGCCUUUGAUUGUGACACUCUAGGUUUGGCUGAGCUGGGUACAAUGUGCGAUCCAUUCCGUAGCUGUUCCAUAGUGCAAGAUAACGGACUAAGUGCUGCAUUCACCAUGGCCCAUGAAGUGGGGCAUGUUUUCAAUCUACCUCAUGACGACAACACCAGAUGCCAGGAGUUUUCCGAGAACUUGUCGGGCAAGUACGGCGUGAUGGCCCCGACGCUCAACUACCAGAUCAACCCCUGGACCUGGUCCCUCUGUAGCAAGAACAAGAUCACAGACUACCUCGACAUGGGAUACGGACAGUGUUUACUAGACUCCCCAACAGACGCCCAGAUCUUGCCCAGUUACCAACCCGGCGAAGUCUACAACGUCACCAAGCAGUGUGAGCUGGUAUUCGGCGAGGGAUCAACGGUCUGUCCAAUCAUGAAAACUUGCAAUAGGUUAUGGUGCACCGGUUCGUCGCAAGGCUCACGACGUGGGUGUCGAACCCAGCACAUGCCCUGGGCAGACGGCACACCCUGCGGUCACAACAAGUGGUGUGAUCGAGGCAAGUGCAUCUCCCGUCGCCAUCACAGCCUAGCCUCCGUUGAUGGCGGCUGGGGUAAGUGGGAGCCUUACGGGCAGUGUUCCAGGACUUGUGGAGGAGGGGUCAGGCAAGCCAUCCGUCAGUGCACCCAGCCUGUCCCCCAGAAUGGCGGCAAGUACUGUAUAGGCAGGAGAGCACGCUUUGGAUCCUGUAAUUCAAGGCCGUGUCCAGAUGGCAGUAUACCAUUCAGGGAAGAGCAGUGCGCCGCUUACAACGGCAACAACUUCAACAUCCAGGGUGUGCCCCGGGACGUCCGAUGGGUUGCCAAGUAUACCGGUGUCCAGAUAAAGGAUCAGUGCAGUCUCUUCUGCCGCGUGGAGGGGAGCAUCGCCUUCUACAAACUGGCCAAGAAAGUGGUGGAUGGCACGCCUUGCGGACCGGACACCAGUGACAUAUGUGUGCAAGGUCAAUGCUGGCAAGCUGGCUGUGACCAUAUCUUGGGUUCCAAGACGACGAGAGAUGACUGUGGGGUCUGUGGAGGAGACCACCAGGCAUGCACGACCAUCACCGACACCUACAAUGAGGCACACUAUGGUUACAACAAAGUGGUAGAGAUUCCUGCAGGCUCCACCAAGUUGGACAUCCAGCAGCGCAGCCCUCCGGGUGCACCAGAAGAUGACAACUACCUUGCCAUAAAGAACACCAACGGAGAGUUUCUACUCAACGGUCACUUCGUGGUCAGCAUGUUCCAGCGAGAGAUCAAGAUCGGCAACGUUGUGAUGAAAUACAGCGGCUCCAAUAACUCCACAGAGAAGAUCACGUGCUAUGAGAAGAUUACCUCCAGCAUCACCAUCUAUGUCCUUUCCGUCGGUAACGUCGUACCACCAGACAUCUUGUACUCCUACAACAUUCCUAUUCCUGGCAAGGAUAUCUAUGUCUGGGAUAUGUACGGACCAUGGGGAUCCUGCAAUAAGAUGUGUAAAGGUGAGAAAGAACAGGGCCUACGUUGUUUGAGACAGAGCGAUCGCCUACAAGUCAAGGACAGUCAUUGCCGUGGAGGGCGCCCUGAUCCGUUCACGUCAAAAUGCAAUACAGGAUGCGAAUUGCGCUGGGUGAUUACUGCCGAGAGUGACUGCUCAGCGACCUGCGGGCGCGGUCGACGUACACGGCGCGUCCAGUGCAAGAAGUCAGGCGGACGGCGACGGAUCAGCAUGGUGGUAGCUGACGCCAACUGCAACGAUCAAGCCAGACCGGCCGAGGUGGUGGAGUGUGGCAGUGAAUGCGAAGCGGCUCACUGGGAGUAUUCGGCUUGGUCUCAGUGUUCCAGAUCUUGUAACAGCGGUACCCGUCGGCGCAGUGCCUCAUGCCGUGACUCCAGUGGCUACUACACCCAGGACAGUAACUGUGACAGCUCUACCAAGCUGGUUGUAGAGAGAUGUAACACACAGGCUUGCCCAAUUUGGGCUGCAGAGUCAUGGAGUGAGUGUUCAGUGACCUGUGGCAGCGGUGAAAUGCAGCGGUCCGUCAGAUGUUACCAAGGCAACCAGAUAGUAGACUUGACUCAGUGUGACCUGACUAUGAUGCCAGAAACCGCAACGCCAUGUCAGAUGGAGGAAUGCGCAGUCUGGCACCAGGGAGAAUGGGGACCAUGUUCAGCCACUUGUGGCCAGGGUUCCAUGCAGAGGCUAGUCAGCUGCAUGGUAGGAGACCAGCAAACCGAGGUCACUCGAUGUGACCUCAGCCUGAUGCCGGAUACUACUAGGUCAUGUCAGGCCGCCGAUUGUCCAUUCUGGCAUCAGGGAGAAUGGAACUCGUGUUCCGUUUCCUGUGGCCAAGGGGAGAAGCUACGAUUGGUCAGCUGUUACCAAGGCAACUACGUCGUCGACUCCAGUCGUUGUGAUCGCAGCCAGAUGCCAGAGUCGAUGGUACCCUGCGAUGCGGGCGAGUGUGCAAAAUGGCUGGCGAGUGACUGGGGACCAUGCUCUGUGACCUGUGGUCAUGGCGAGAGACAGAGGCGAGUCAGUUGUUUCCAAGGCAACCAGAAAGUAGACGUCAGUCACUGUGUUUUGGAUGAGAAACCAGAGUCGGUGUCACCGUGUCGGAUGGAGGCGUGUGCUGCAUGGCAACACGGUGAAUGGGAAGAGUGUUCAGUCACCUGUGGUCAAGGGACCCAACUGCGGAAGGUCAGCUGUUACCGUGGUAACCAGGUUGUGCAUGAUAACGAGUGCAGCCAGACCUCGGCUCCGACCACUAGGGUGUGUCACAUGAUAGACUGUGCCAUCUGGAAACAUGGCGAUUGGGGAGAGUGUUCUGGAACAUGCGGCGAAGGAGAGAAGCAGAGAUUUGUCGGCUGUUACCAAGGCAACCGAGAGGUUGAGGCACACCAGUGUGACCAGGCCAGCAAGCCCGACAGCGUGACAUCGUGUGAGAUGGCUGAAUGCCCGUUGUGGCACCAGGGAGAAUGGGGACCGUGUUCGGCAAGUUGUGGUGAUGGGGAGCAGCAGCGAGCUGUUGCCUGUUACCAAGGUGACCAUGUGGUAGACAUCAGCCAGUGUGACCUGACCCUCAUGCCAGAAAGCGUGACGUCAUGUAAGCUCACGGAAUGUGCUUACUGGCAGCACGGACAAUGGGGGCCGUGUUCAGUCACCUGUGACGAAGGCGAGAAACGGAGGUCAGUCAACUGUUACCAAGACAACCAGAUAGUUGACGCCAGCCAGUGCGAUGCGUCUAUAUUGCCAGAUACUGUGAUGGUGUGUCAGAUGGUGGAAUGCCCUGCCUGGAAAGGAGAGGACUGGGAUCCGUGUUCGGUAACCUGUGGCCAGGGAACGCGACAACGAACCGUCAACUGUUACCAAGGCAACCUGAAGGUCGACAUCAACCUGUGUGACCCCACCAUGAUGCUGGAGACAACCCUGCCAUGUGAGUUGAUUGAGUGCACAGACUGGUACCAGGGAGAGUGGGGACCGUGCUCGGUGUCCUGCGGUUCCGGUGAGAUGCAGCGUAGGGUCAGCUGUUCCCAAGGCGGCCGGAAUGUGGACAUGGUCAACUGUGACCUGACCUCAAUGCCGGAGACGGUCACGGGUUGCCAGAAGCCAGAAUGCCCUGAAUGGCAGGCAGGCCAGUGGGGACAGUGUUCCACAACCUGUGGGCAAGGGAUGAUGCAGCGCCAGGUGGACUGUUACCAAGGCAACAGCAUCGUUGACCUCAGCCAGUGUGACCUGACCCUGAUGCCAGCUAGCUCCAGAGAUUGUGAGCCGGGACAGUGUCCAGUAUGGCGGCACGGCUCCUGGGGACCGUGCUCGGUAUCCUGUGGUCUGGGUUACCAGCUGAGGGGUAUCCAAUGCCGUCAUCCUAACGACACCCCCGUCCCCGACGAUCAGUGCAGUCCAGACGACCAGCCACCCAACCGACAGGAGUGUCGCACGCCGGCCUGCCCCGCCCCUACCUUACCAGCCACCGAUCCGCCAGAAACACAGCCGCCAGUCAAACCAGCUCCCACGGUUCCCGCCACCACGGCCGCAGCGCCGGUCCCCGCCGUCCUCCGCAGACCCUCAGCGUUGACUCCCAGGCAGUCGCCAAGACCCCCACGGCCAUCGUCCAGUCAACGGGCGAUCGCUGACCCCUCAUCAUCCUCAUCGUCGACCAUCUCGGUUGCCAGGAAACCCUCGGAUCCAAGACCUCUGCCCAAGUCAUCGCCGGUCACUGCCAUGGAGGUACUCAGAGAGGAACCCAGGCGACGGUACAGCAGUCAGUGGCGCACAGGAAUGUGGACCGAGUGUUCUACAACAUGUGGAUACGGAACCCGUGAACGUUAUGUCAGCUGCAGAGACCGAUAUGGCUACAUCUCUGAAGAGCGAGAUUGCAACACUGCCAAUAGGCCAGCCGCCAUAGAGCAAUGCCAGAUCAAACCGUGUCCACACUGGAGGACUGGCCAGUGGAAUCGGUGUUCAGUAACCUGUGGACAAGGCACUACCUCCCGCUACGUUGCAUGCGUCAACGGCGAUAGCUCCAUAGCUGUGGAUGAGGACUGUGACCUGAGAGACAAACCCUCAGAGACAGACGUCUGCAGCCGCCUGGAUUGCCCCGUGGACCAACCAGUCGCUUCAGGGAUGGCCAGCGAGAGGGCUUCAGCUCUGUUGAGGGGAAGGUGGAGAACGGGACAGUGGAGUAAGUGUUCGUCAACCUGCGGCAGCGGUCUGCGGCAACGGAUCGUCAUCUGUCAGGAUGAGACCGGCGACGUGCAGACCUGCUCCGAGAAGAACCGGCCGCAGAACAUCGAGGCUUGUAAUACGGGGAUAGCCUGCCCGCUGUGGAGCUUUGGCGAAUGGGGACAGUGUUCAGCUACCUGCGGGGGAGGGAUCAGGUCCCGCCUGGUCCUCUGUCGUCUACGCAGCGGCCGGACGUUAUCGGACUCCUCCUGCAACCUCCUGUCCAGGCCUGAGAACACCAGGAUAUGCAGUGCCAACCCUUGCCCGACACGCCACAGCUGGAGGACGCGCCCUUGGAGUUGGUGUUCAGUGACUUGUGGCACUGGUACCCAGCAGCGGUCGGUAACCUGUGAAGAUGAAGCAGGAGCUGUUAAGGAAGAUGAGGAGUGUGGGAUGGAAGGGGCGGAGAAACCCGCCAGUGAGAGGGAGUGUCUUGAGCAGGAAUGCCCUAGUGCUCCUGCGUGGAAGGUUGGCGACUGGAGCGAGUGUUCGGUGUCUUGUGGCACCGGUACCCAGCUGCGGUCGGUAACCUGCCAAGAUGAAGCGGGAAUCCUGCAACAAGGUGAGGAGUGCCAUUUGGAAGGGGCGGAGAAACCAGCUACUGAGAGGGUGUGCCGGGAACAAGAGUGCCCCAGUGGCCUGGCUUGGAAGGUUGGGGCAUGGAGCGAGUGUUCAGUGACUUGCGGUGUUGGAUCCAGGCAGCGAACAGUUACCUGUGAAGAUGAAACCGGAAUCCCGACACAAGAGGAAGAAUGUGAGAUGGAAGAGUCAGACAAGCCAGAAACAGGGAUGGAAUGCAGGCAGGCUGACUGCUCAAGGCCUACCUGGAGAGCUGGCGACUGGAAGGAGUGCUCGGUCACAUGUGGCACUGGGUCCCAGGACCGCACUGUAACCUGCGAAGAUGAGACGGGAGAUGAGGUACCAGCCGACAACUGCGAAGUUGGGGAAUCCACGAAGCCGGACAUACAGAGAGAGUGCCAUCUAAUGGAAUGCCCAAGACUGAAAUGGAAUGUUGAGGAUUGGAACCAUUGUUCUGUAACAUGCGGGGUGGGUUUUAGAGAAAGGAGAGUCGUUUGUGUGGACGAGGUUGGAAAUGAGAUUGAGGAUAAGGAGUGUGAGACAAAUGAAACCAUCAAGCCAGCCUCAAGGAGAGACUGCCGACAGGUGGAGUGUCCACCCUCAAGGCCAGGGUGGUCGGUGGGAGACUGGAGCAAAUGCUCAGUGACAUGCGGGAGCGGUACCCGCGAACGCACGGUAACCUGCCAAGACCACACAGGAACCAGCAAACAGGAGGGGUGCGAGGUUGACGGCAUGCCCAGGCCGGCGACGCAUACAGGCUGCCAACAGGCGGACUGCCCCAGGCUCAGACCUAGAUGGACGGUCGGCGAUUGGAGCGAGUGCUCGGUGACGUGCGGGAAGGGUUCCCGGAGGCGGACGCUUAGAUGCGAGGACCAGUCUGGGCAGCAGAGGGAAGAAGAAGAGUGUGAGGAGAAUGGAUCAGCGAGGCCUGCUUCAGUCAAGGAGUGUAGGCUGAGGACAUGCCCAAGACCAACGUGGAUAGUCACUAAAUGGAGUGACUGUUCGGUGACAUGCGAUAAAGGGGUGCGUGUCCGGGAAGCAGCCUGCCAGCUUGAAGACGAGGUGGUGGAGGAAUCGCUGUGUCUUCGCAAGAAACCCAAGACCUCGAAGAAAUGCCGGCGAGACAAGUGCAUGAAGUACCGCUGGAAGAAAGGCAGAUGGAGUCAGUGUUCCAAGUCUUGUGGCGGUGGCCACAAGCUUCGAAAGGUCCACUGCACCGACUCCAAAGACAACGAAGUGGACAACAGUCUCUGCUCAUCACAAAGCAUGCCCAGGGACAAUAACAAGUGCAAUACUCACGAUUGUGACGCUCCCCGCUUGAUGUGGCUAGCUGGGCCAUGGGGAGAGUGCUCAAAAACCUGCGGGCCAGGUCAGGAAACACGUAGCGUCACAUGUCGAGCCUUCAGCCCAGACGGUUGGGCCAUGCCGACGGAUGAUAAAACAUGUCGUCAGGACAGUAAGCCUAAGGAUACCAGACCAUGCUUCAUUGGUCUCUGCUCAUCAGAUUCACAUUGGAGGAUGGGGCCCUGGAGCAUGUGUUCCAAGGAGUGUGGCGGUGGGAUCAAGGAACGCAAGGUGCAGUGUCGGGAUCGACAGGGCAAACGCCAGCCAGCCAGUAGCUGCGGACCGCCCACUAUCCGACCAGAGACUAGAGACGUGUGCAAUCAUGAACCAUGUCAGCCGGAGAGUUGCCGCGACAUCCAGCUGCAGCGCAACCUUCACGAGGAUGCGGACUAUUCCAUUCUGGUGCAGGGGAAACCGCUGACCGUCUACUGCCACGGCAUGACAACGGAUGCACCUACAGAAUAUAUCAGCUUAUCGGCCGGGGAGGGGGAAAAUUUUGCUGAGAUUUAUCCCAAAAGAUUAAUGCGAGCCACCCAUUGUCCCUACCACGGCAAUCGCAAUGACGACUGUGAAUGCACGGAUGACGGACAUAGGGAAGCCGGCCUGACUACGUUCACCAAGCUACGACUCAACAUCACCAACAUGGAAAUCAUAAUAUCAGACCCCACCUUCGCAGUAGUGCAUCGCGGCAAGUUUGUCCCCUACGCUACCGCCGGUGACUGCUACAGCUCGGCCGACUGCCCGCAGGGUCAGUUCCACAUCAACCUGACUGGUACCCGGCUGGCGUUGGCGCCCGAGGUAGACUGGGGCACCGAGGGCUAUGCGGUCUCUAGAAGACUAUCGAGGGACGAGCUGAACCAGCGAGUGGCAGGUCGGUGCGGAGGUUUCUGUGGUACAUGUUUCCCAGACAAGAAGAGAGGUGGAUUACGUGUAACAUUUGUAUCAUGACACUCAGGGAAUUUCACUAGGAUUGGAGCAACGAGCGUGUAAAUAUUCAAGAGUUUAUUUUUUUUUCUUCAGGAUGUAAUAUAAUUUGAUAAUAUUAUUGUUAUUUUUCAAGAACAAUGGUGCUGAAGUUUCCAACAUUGAAGCAAUUCCUGAAAGUGGGACCUUGAAAAUGUGUAGAAAUGUUUAUAGCCUUCCUUUUUUUACUCUGUAUCUCAAGUAAAUAUUUUUUAAAGACAGCUUUCUAAAGUCGUUACUAAAACGAGAAAAUAGGUCGAACAUUGAACAAAAUGUUAGUUUUAAAUUUAUCAAAGGGGAAUGAUAAAUGGUCUUCCCACUUGCUUGACCUUUUCUUUGCCCUCAUAUUUUCAUGGCAUUCUUGUAUUUUUUACCAAGAAACUCUGUAGAAUUUCAUAAAUAGCAACGUAGGGGUUGGCCAGUUUAACUCGACAGUCUUGUUUAUUUUGCUCAUUUUUGUUUUUACUCUGACAAGGGACCAAGCAAUAUUUUUCACAUCUUGCAUGCCAUGGAAAUUUAAACUAGGAUUAUUCAUCGUUAAACUAUUCAAUUUAACUUGCAUAUAAAAUUAGGUAUUUCGUCGCACUGCACUUGCAUUGGUUGCUAACGUUUGUGACGAUAACGGGCUGUACAGUCUGAUUAAAUAUGUAUGUCGAGUUUGCACCGUGGCAAAAGCUCAGAAACAAUUUCAGUAGGACAAAGUUGUAGCCUGAUUAAUUGAAAAUGUAAGUAAAAAAACCAAUUGGUGUCGAAAAGUAGGGAUGCAUUGAAACUGGUAAUGUGCCUUUUCCAAACAUGCAUCAACUUCUCAAAGUGAAAGUUAUGAUUAGGCAACAAGUUGGUGGCGAAUGGCCACACAGUAUGUGGAUCAGCUGAUUAAUUUCAUUUAAUCAGUUUACAGAAUAUAUGUUUCUUUGGUUGGAAAUACAGGAAGUAUUCUUAGUAGAGAUCUCUUCUCUAGAAUUAUGAGCGAAAAUUUAUUUAUCUGUAAUUUUUUGCAUAAUGUAAUUUUUGUGCUACGUAUUUAAAAAAAAAAGAAGUUAUGUGGGAAUAUAACACAAUGCUGCAAGACAGUACUGUCUACGAUGAAAAUACUUUGUAUAAAGCGUGGUCAUUGGGCAAAAAAUGUAUUCUAAUUUAUGCAAAUAUUCAGUAUGCAUAUCAUACGUUAUUAUUCAAAUCAGCCCUCCGUGUUGAUGGUUCAAAAUGGCUGUUUUGCCUGUUCAUUGGCUUAUUCACAAGUAUUCACCACUGAAAUGGGAUCAUUGAAGAUUUCAUUGAAAUCCCCUA